AAGUUUACAUCUUCCAUUAAAAAAGGAAAAAAAGUGUGUUUUUUGGGAUUCCAAAGCUUGUCUGAUGCUGGUGGAGCUGUGAGCCGUGCGUCUUUGUGCAGAGCAUGUCUUGGCUGAGCGUAAACGGCACAAACCAGACACUGGAGCGCGCACUGGCGGAGAUUGACCCGCGCGACGAGCACCUGGCCCGGGUGGAGAUUGCGCUUCUGUCUCUCAUUUUCGUGACUGCGGGGGUCCUGAACGCAGGGCUCUUGUUGGUGCUGUGGCGCAGGAGAAAGCAGCUGUCCCGGAUGCGCGUGUUUGUGUUCCACCUGUGCGUCGCGGACCUGGUGGUGACUUUCUUCCAGGUUUGUCCGCAGCUCAUGUGGGACAUUACGGACCGGUUUGUGGGUCCGGACGUGCUGUGCCGCCUGGUGAAGUAUCUGCAGGUCGUGGGCAUGUUUGCAUCCACGUAUAUGAUCGUGGUGAUGACCGUGGAUCGUUACCAAGCCAUUUGUAAACCUAUGGUGACUUUCCAGCGGCGCGCAGCCAGGUGGAACGGCCCCGUGUGCGCAGCGUGGUGCGUGUCUUUCAUUGGGAGCCUUCCUCAGAUCUUCAUCUUCUCACGGGUGGAGGUGGCCCCGGGUGUGUAUGACUGCUGGGGUGAGUUUGUGCAGCCGUGGGGACUCAAAGCUUAUGUAACAUGGACUACUCUUGUUAUUUUUGUACUACCCAUCUUCACGGUGAUCUGCUGCCAGGUGCGCAUCUGCCGCACUGUGCACAUCAACUUUCACACGAAGAUGCAUCACAUGACCUCCAGGGCCAGCAGCGUGGCCGGGAUGUCCAAGGCCCGGGUGAAGACUGUGAAGAUGACCGUGGUGAUAGUGCUGGCCUAUGUGCUGUGCUGGACGCCCUUCUUCACCGUGCAGCUGUGGUCUGUGUGGGACGCACAGGCACCGACUCACACUGCCACCUUCACCAUCCUCAUGUUGUUGUCCAGCCUAAACAGCUGUGCCAACCCCUGCAUCUACCUGCUGUUCAGUGGAACUCUCCCCAAGAGACUCCUGACCCUGGUGUGUGUGUCCCAGGCCCAUGAAAACAAAGAGCCCAUCCAGGAGGAGGCCACCAUGGUGAGCUCUCUGUACAUCAGCCUCAAGAGCCUGUCUGAGACCAGGUGAAACUAUACACCCAACUUCUAAAGGCUCAAGAAGAGAGCGGCCAUCACGAAUACCAGAACAAGAAGGUCGAUGGUUUGAACCAUACA